GGCGCGGCACGGCCGGCGGCGGCGGAGGAGGGGGAAGAUGGCCGAGUCGCCGGAGGAGGUGGCUGUGCUGGUGCAGCGGGUGGUGAAGGACAUUCGCAACGCCUUCCAGCGGAACCCACACAUAGAUGAAAUUGGAUUAAUACCCUGCCCUGAAGCCAGGUAUAACCGGAGCCCUAUUGUCCUGGUAGAAAACAAGCUUGGUGUGGAGAGCUGGUGUGUCAAGUUUCUUUUGCCAUAUGUCCACAAUAAACUUCUCCUCUACAGACAAAGAAAACAAUGGCUGAACAAAGAUGAGCUGAUAGAUAUCACGUGUACCCUGCUGCUGCUGAACCCUGACUUCACCACUGCUUGGAACGUGAGGAAAGAAUUAAUACUGUCUGGCACUUUAAAUCCACUUAAAGAUUUGCAUCUUGGAAAACUGGCGUUAACCAAGUUUCCAAAGAGUCCAGAAACAUGGAUUCAUAGACGAUGGGUGCUGCAACACCUAAUUCAGGAAAACUCCUUGCCCAGCCUCGUGACUAAAGGAAACUUGGGAGCAGCACCUGUGGAGAGAAUUCAGCGACUAGUGCAGGAGGAAAUGAAUGUCUGCUCUGAAGCUGCUGGGAGAUAUCCAAGCAACUACAAUGCCUGGUCCCAUCGCAUCUGGGUUUUACAGCAUUUGGGAAAGCUGACUGUCAAGGUUCUCCUUGAUGAACUUUCAUCCACUAAAUAUUGGGUAUCCAUGCAUGUCUCAGACCAUAGUGGAUUUCAUUACCGCCAGUUCUUACUCAAGUCCUUGAUAGGCAGAACUGUGACUGACAAUAAUGUACUGGUACAAAAUCAAAUGGUAAAUGAGCAAAACCCUAGCCUACAAAAGGAGGAGGAAAGUGCAGGGGCUGAAGCUGCCUGUGCAGAGGAGCAGAGUGUGGAUCUCCCCCGCCAUUUAGAGGAAGAGUUGGAACUCUGCACUGAACUGAUUGAUACCUACCCAGGGCAUGAAACCUUGUGGUGUCAUAGAAGGCGAGUCUUCUACCUUCAGCACCACCUGAGCAACAAACUUCCUCUUCUGAGUGCGGUGGUAUCAUCUGUGGACAGCAGUGAUGAAACUCUGAAUAAUUCCCACCACAGUCCUGCAACAAUUCACAUGGCACAAGCUAUGGAUGUUGAUGGUUUGAAUGAAUCCAGCAGCAAACAAGGCUAUACCCAAGAAACAAAACGUCUGAAGCGUGCUCCUAUGCAGGACUCUCUUGGUCCAGAAAUGGAAUACCGGUUCAUUGACAAAGUAUUAUCAACUUGUAGGGAUGCGGACCAAGCCAGGUUUGCUGCUGCGUACAGGAAAUGGUUAGUUACAUUUUUAGGUCAGUGAAGGAAGAGUUUAAAGCCUUCAGGGUUCUUCUUUUAGUGCAAUAUUCUCUUUUCAGACACAAAGGCAUGUCUUGGUUGCAAGUGUUAGCUAACCAUGUGUUUUUCACUCUUCUAAUGGUCAGUCCUAAAGUUCAUAUUCAGAGUAGAAGUCUGUCACUUUAUUUAUUAAGGAACUAGCAUACCUUUUGGUUAAGCAAAUGCAGUUUGUUCUUUAAACUUUUUAAGAAAUCACUCUGUGUCAUCUUCCUAUCAUGUCAUUUUUCUUAUUUUCUUAAUUUCUACAUUAAGGUGGACUCUGAAUCAUUUGGCUUUAAAAAAAAGUCUGAAAUGCUUUUGAAACAGUGUCUGGAAAAAGAAUAGGAGGAUUAGUCAACAUCAGCUAAACCUGUGUCCAGGUUGUUCCUUUUUACUAUACUGUCAUCUUUCUAACACCGUAUUGGAUUCAGACUAUAUUUGGUGACUGGUUUUACUUUUGUAUUAGCAACCUUUGGUAGAACACCAGGCUGCAGUCUUUCUUUCUGAAGGUUCCAGUAACAGUACUGGAGCCAUGCCUUUUACUAUUGUAACUGGGAUUUUGUUUGGUUAUUCAUUGUCCUGUGAGUUUCGUAGGAAAUUCUAUGAAGUUGAAAUCCUGAAAAACAGAUACAGGAAAAUGUUACAGAAAAUAGUUCAAACACACACGUCCACAGUCACAACUUACAGUCAGAGCUAUGUUUUGAAAUACUUUCUUAGAACAGACUACUUUACCUUCAUUUCCUACUUGGUAUUUAUUUAUUUAUUUUAUCUCAACAAUCCAGAAUUAAUGACACUUGACACACAUUUCUGAAUGUAUUAUAUACACUACAGAAUCGCAGCCUGCUAAAUUACACAUUGGUAACUUGCACUUAACUGAGACCAUGCAAGUCCAGUAGAUGAUGGAGGAAAAAGUAAUUCUUCUGACUGGUUAUUGAGACUAUACAAAAAAAAAAAAAAAAAGAAGAGACAGCAGGACGGAGCUAUCUCUUCACUUUUGUUCUUCUGCAGAGCUUCACUCUUUGGUUUUUUUUUUUCCCCUUCUGACUCUUCCUUAAGAGCACCUCUCCAACCAUACAUCUCUGUUUACAUAAUUGUAAAUUUUAAGGGAAUUUGAAACACAUUUCUAUUCCAGUGAAAUUCAACAUGAAUGAUUUUUUUUGUCAUUUCUUGUCUAUGUAAGGGAUUUUUUACACUAAUGGAAUUGCGCUGUUCCAAAGACCCAGGGGAAAAACAUUGUACAACUGUAGAAGUUUGUACAAUGGCAACAUCACCUCUGUUCCAAACAGACUAUUCACUGAGGGGAUUAGAUUUUCAAGCUAGAGUCUUCACCAAAAUAGCUGUAUAUUUCCCCUGCCCAAAGUGCCUCCUGACUGUGAUAAGUUUUAAGCUGCUGUUUCUGUUGGGCAGAGAGCACAACAAUGACGGAGAAAAAAAACCAGGUAGCCAGGUCAAAAGGUAUUAUUUAGAGAGAAAAAAGGCACUUGAAACAUGGAAUUCCAAGAGUUCUAAAUAAUUUGAUGGAUGAGGGUUACUCUUGCAUUUUAAAAUGAAAAUAGACAACCUAUCGUCUCCAAGAGUAUGUUCAUAACUCAUUUCAGGCACAGACUAGCUUACAGAGACAUUUCUAAAUGUACACUCUUCUGUUUACAGUACCUAGAUAAGACUGACCUAGGCUUGAGCAUCUCCACAGCAAAGCUUUGUCUCAAUGAGCAUCCACACCUGCCUCUGUAUAGCUGGGACAUAUUACAUGGCUGUCUGAUUUGAGGUGCACUGGCAUGCUGUCUUGGUUGAUGGUUUUACUUACAGAACAACACAAUUGAUGUGUGAAGCAGGUGUGGGAAUGGCUUGAGAGGAUAAUUUCAUCAUAAGAUGUCUCUGUGACCACUGACAGAUGGGUAGGUUCAGGUGCAAACUGGAGUCUGAAUUUAAGGACGUAACUUGAGCAAGAAAUUUCAACCAUUCCAGAGGACCUGGUGGUUUUCUGAGUAUGAAAGAUACAUUAAAGCAUGUAUAGUCACCUGGGUCAGCUUGAUUAACAAUAUCCCAUUAAUGACUAGUAUGAACCUGGAAAGUGUGAAUUCAAUUGACAGCAUAUUAAGGAUCAUGUUCUUGGUCCUAGAUUACUUACUGAGUAGCGUAGUUGUGUGUUCUGUUUGCCUUGGCAAAAAUUACCUGUUCAUGAGAAAAGUACUGGUGGCAGGAGCAGACUGGGAAGUGGGAGUGUGAUAAUAAAUAUUUCUUGAACUGUGGAAGGGAAGAGAUGCUCUCUUCUUGCACUGGAAUGAUUGAGGUUUUUAGAGAAAAGGAUUUAUAUUAGAGACUGACUUGAACCCCAUUAUGUGUUUAUUCCAGAUUAUAAUCUGGAGUUUUAGUUGGCUUUUUUAGCUCUAUAUCAUGGAAGUACUGUGCUAUUGAAUUUUAUGAUCUUUCCAUCAUAAACACUUAAGAUCAAACAGCUGCCCCCAUAUACACGUGUGUAGUUCCUAUUCAUGUCAGCGCAAGUUACGCACACUUGUAGGAAGGCAGGAUUUGGUCCUAUGUAACUGAACAGAGUCACAUUGUGUUUUCAUAUUUGAAAGAUGUUCUGAGAACUCAGAUUAGAGGUGGUGCUGAUAUUUUUAUUACUUUUACAAAGCACUGAUGGCUGUAGGAUGACUCUUAAGUGCGGGUUUUUAAAGCCUAUACCUGUUGGAAAUACUCCCCCCCUUUUUAAUCCAUUGAGAAUAGCUGUAGUCAGAAGUGUUUGCAGACCAGACUCUGCCAUACAGAAAGCUAAACAAUAAAAGUGAAACUGAAAUUAAUCACAUUUUCCCCUUUGAAAGAAAUGCUAACAACAAGCUGUCAAAAUCAAACUUCGCUUUUUUUAAUGGUAACAAUGUAAAUUAUAUGAAAGAAGAAAAUAUAUAACUGAAUUACUUCAAGCUGUCAGUGUCCUGAAGCCUCUUACAUGAAACAAUUGAAGAGAUGCUGCAAAAAAAUUGCAUUAAGGUCACAACUGCAUGAUGUUUUGGAACUACGAUCUUUGCAACAUACCUAACUGUUCAAUAUUACCGCAGAGUCUCAUUUGGGCACUGCUUCAAAAAAAGGAAAAGUGGAUUCAGGCCACUGGUAGUUAACAUGCAUAAAGGUUAGAGUACCGCUGCUUUAGGUAACAUGUUUUAGUCAUUUUGUAUUUCAGAGGUGAGAGAAUUAUAAUGUAGUCAAUUAACAUCCUUGCUGAGAAAAUGUCUAACAGAAGCUGCAGAAUACAGCUGUCACUUUCUGAAGUUCCUUCAAAUAUAAAAUUUGUACAUUUAUAAACAGCUUUGUACAAAGUUCUGUAUCUUUUACUGAUUUUAUCUUUUGCUGUAGUAUAUGUCAUUUGAACUUAUGCACAUUCUUUUUGUUCAUUGGAUUAGUCUUUGUAGAAAUUUCUUUGUGCUAGAAACAAAGGGUUUUGAGGAACAAAUGUAAUUUGAAACUACAGAAAUUAGAAAAUAAGGAAUAACAUUUUUAAGGGGUUGAAUUCUCUGCUGCUAAAUACAAUAACUGUUAUUUCAUUGGCAUUUGGUUUAUCUUGUGUGUUACAGUCACUGGAGCAACACAUGCAGCAUUAAAGAUAGCUACAAUAACAAACUUGUAAAAAGUUAUUAUUGGAAUGCAUUGCAAUAGCUGCUCUAAUUAAUAUUUGUUAAUCUACUCAUGUCUGCAUGUUAGUGUUCUGUUGACUUAUUGCAUAUUCUUUAUACAGUCAAAUCCUUCUGUCAUUUAAAUAGGGGGAAAAGUAAAUUGUUGGUUUAUACUGUUUGUUUGAUUAAUUACCUUAUAUAGAACUUGUCUUAAGACAAAUAAGCAAAGCAGAAAUAUAGUGAGGAAGCUUAGAUUCUGAUUUAUAGUCAAAAUUUCUGGCAUUUCCAGUUUUGUGUUAGUGCUGCCUAAUUAGGAUGUGUAGCUAGUCUUUAUGGACAGGAGUGAGUUUUUUCCUAAGCAGAUAAUUAAUGAGUUUUUAAAACAGUACUGUAUAAUAAUGACGAGCAGAAACAAAGAGUUUUGGAAAGGCUUGUCUGAAUAGCCAGACUCAACAGGCAUACUUUUUCCGAAUAACAUAAUAAGAUUAACAAAAUGUGACUACCGGGGAAUAAUUUAAGUAGUGAGUCCUCAGAGACUUGCUGAUUGAAUUUUUGGACAAGGUUGGUUGCUUAGUUUUGUUUUACCUUCUGUGAGGGAAGAAUGUUCCCUAGUUUUUUUUAAUUUAGUAGGAAGUGAACUAUUGCACUUAGUGUGGGGGGGAAAAAAACCCACAACUCCUGAGCUGUAUCUUUAGGGCAAUUUUGGAAGAAGGAGCAGUGAAGUGAAAUGUAGAUUUGACUUAAAUGCGUGUUUGUCCUCUACUCGUUUGGUGAUGAAAGGUCUUUACAAAUAGAUCUGUUUUAUUAAUGUCAGAUAUAAAGGAAAGAGGGUAACUCACCUGUUCUCAAAUGCGCUUAAUAUUCAAGUUAGUUUCAGAGGAAGUUCAGUGUCCCUGUCUAAGAUAAUUUUCCUUCUUUUUUUCCCAUGUGCUCAGAGGUGUGUUUCCUUCCCAACCUCUUCUCUGUUCUUCCAACCAGCACAGAAGAAUGUAGCAAAGCAUUGGUGAGGUGGCCUCAUUUUGUGUUUAGAUAACUCCAACUACCUCCCAAAAAGUGCUCUGAUUGAUGUCCUUAAGUGGAGUUCAUCAGGCUCAAUUUUUUCGGAACGUCAUGCGAGGCCUACAUCCUCUUUCAGAGGUGAAAAGCAAGAGCUUUAUCUAUGAAGCCAUCUAAUUUCCCCAGGAGAGUUUAAAGGAGAAAAGGAAAAAAAACUUGUAGUUAAAGUUGGGAAAACCAGAAUUAGCAUAAACUUUCAUUAGUCUUUUCCUCUGAAGAAGCAAUGUAUUGCUGAAAAAUGGAGGAAAUAUGUGCUUCCAAGAAAUUCCUUGUAGACAGUUUAUGCUUUUGAAUUAUAGGCCUGACACUUUCUAGUGGCUUUUACUUAGUGUGUAAUGUUACUUCUCAGGGCAUAGUCUAUUGUAGUGAAUUAGGGUACAUUUUUACAGUUUAUAAUUAUUGAUUUAAAAAAAAAAAAACCAAAACAAAAUCAAAACUUAAAUGCUAAACAUGUAAAACCUGGCUUUUACAUUUUUUUGUCUAGCAUAGUGUUUUUUAUCUACCCAAAAGCUAAUACUGUACCUAAGGAUUCAUACUAGACCUUACCUUCUCAUCUGCAUCAUAUUGUUAUUCUAUAUCUUAAAUUGAUGUUGCAUCCUCACAGGAAACUCCUGACAGUUGCCAUGUUUCUUCUCUGAGUUCCCAAGUACUAUUCAGUAGGAUAUUCAGUAUCUCACAAAGAAGUGUGUUAUGAUGGGGAAGAUUUUUACAGUACCUGUGUUGAUGCGCUAUGUGUCUUAGAUUUAUUUUUUAAAAAAACUUUUGUUAGGAGUCUGAAUAUACUAGAAUUGCAAAAGAUUUUAGUUGUUGAUGGCUGGCAGAUGCUUAUAUACAAUGCAACUGUUCUGAAGAGCAGAACUCUUACCUGAAGUCUAGUUUAUUAAGCAUCUUUAUCCGCACCAUCUGGAACCUGCUAUUAAUGUAUAGAUGGAGGUGGGGAGAACCCACAGCAAGGUGCAUGUUUUCUUCACAGGACACUUUUUGAACAGAAUAUAAUUAUGGUGAAACAAAGAGCUUUUCUUGGAUGCAGUAUUCCUGUCCAUUCGUAGUGAAUAAAGUUAUGAGACUGGGACAUCAUUCAUAGAGUAAGAUUUCCUGGAUGGCUGCGUAGAACGAGUAGAUAAAUGUUUGGGUUUUUUUUAACAGAGUAAUCCCUCUUAUUAAAAAAUCACGUAAAUUAUAGAUGGUACCAGAACUUGUUUUUACAAGACAAAAUAUAUGUAUACCUACUGUGUUAAUUCCCUUUUGUUCUAGUUUUUCUUUUUUGAAGUGGCUACAUUUAAAACUGGGUAGUCAUCUUGAAAAGCACGUUUGGGAAUGUUGUCUUCAAUUUCAUGUUUAUAGAAUCAGUGGAUGUCUUAAAUGGUUUUGAGUAGCAUUAUGAUCCAAGGCAGUGACAGCACUACAGUAUUUAAGUGAGCCGUUAAACACUAAUUUUGUAACACCAUCAUGUCUAUCAAAGUACUAGUCUAUGUAGGGCACAAUGGUUUUUUUAAUCAAGAUAUGUGCAAAAAAUAUUUAAUUCUCACAGUGUCAUAUUAGGGGGAAAUGCAAUUGAUUUUAAACAUAAUAUUUUGCAAUUUUUUUUCUAUAAAAAAUUCUCAGAUACACAGUUGUGACCACUGUAAAUUUUAUGUAGAUUUGCAAUGCAGAUAAAUUACAUAAAUGGUAAAUUUUGUUGCAGAAAAAAUAAAAUUCUGACAGGACAGCAAGAUACUGGAAAGUAAUCUGAUAAAUGACCAGUGUUCUACAGGAUAGUGAAUAUUAAGUUUGUUUUUUGCUGGUCAUACUUUGUCAUAGGAUUAAUUAAUUUCAGAGGGGGAUUGUUUUUUUUUGUAAUCAGUAGAGAGCUUAUCUGUGAAUAAAUUGGCUAUAUUUUAUUUUCCCACAGUAAGUGUGUAUGUAUGCGUGGGUAGGGUGGAUGGAUGGAUGGCAGAACUGUAUUGCUGUAAUGACCUGUAGAAAAGGCAAAAUCCCCCAUGUACGGCUAUUUUUGUGUAACACUGGUGAUGUGCGAACAAAACUCCUCCAUGCAAGACCUGUCCUAAGUCUCAGUCUAGCAGGAUCAUUGCCAAUGUCAGGGUUUUUGCUGAAAGCAGCGAGAUCUCUUGCUUGCCCUUUCUGGCUUAGUCUGCCUUACUUUCAUGAUACUUCAGCAAUUGUGUGCAUAGACAAACCAAAUUAUUAGUGGUGGUAUUUCUUCCAAGUGCUUGUAGGGAGUGUUUGAGACAGCGAAAGAGUUUAAGGUCUUGCAGGCUGGGAGAACUGGGAGGUGCUCAGCCAGUGUCUACCUGGAGGAUACCUUUCAGGAGUCCUCCAGAAGAAACAAUAGGUGUAUUUUGGAUGAAGUACUUCAGUGUCACAGGAGACUGGGAAAAAGUAUGUCAGACACAAACUAGCAACUGAAAUUGGUAUUUGAAUACAAACAGUAGUCUUUUUGGUACUUUAUUUCAAUACUUUUCUCAUGUUCCUUUUUUAAAUGGGAUUCAUUCUUAUAAAAAGAUCUUUGAAAUUACUUAUCAUUUUGAAUGCCUUCUGAUUCUGAGUUACUGGAUUAGAGAGCUCUCCUUAUAGGACUCCUAUUUACUAGAGAAUGCUAGUACCUUUCCUCUCUCCUAGACAAUGUGAUUCAUUCCAAAUGUUCUAAAAUGAGCACCUAAAAUGACAGGGCAUAACUGAAAAUACUGCUCAUCAUCUUAAAUGCAAAACUUCAAAAAGCAAGGACAUGUUCUGUUCACACAGGUGUUUGGUUGUUUGGGGGACUUUUUUUCCAUUUUAUCUUAGUAGCUGCUAGGACAGAAGGUAGAAAGAAUUUGUAGGGAAGCCCUGAGUCAAUAAGUACAACCUUGGUUUACUUAAUUUGGGGGUUCGUUAAAUCAGAAAGCUUAGUAUGAGCAAGUAAUAAACCCUCCAGGGUCCUUGUACAGAAAUAAUUUGCAGGAUCUGGUCAUUAGUUUGUUUCUGAUCUGAGUGCUUGAUUUUUACAUCUGUUAAAAUGAGUGACAAAAUUCUGACUGACUUCACUGACAUAGGAUCAGGCCGUGCUUUGGAGAUGGUAUCAGCCACUACAUGGUAGCUUUUACAUUUUUAUUGUGAUGGAUUGUAAGUGACAUCUGUGUCUUUUGCAAAUGGCUUCAAGGAAGAAAGCAGUUAGGGUAGUGUAUAUUCAUUAGCACUGUGGUUGAGGAGAAACUGUUAAGGUUGUGGAAUAUUAUAGUUUUAAAAGAAGGGGAGCUAGAGAGAAAUAUGGAUACUACAGAGUAUCAAUAGCUAAGAAAGCUGCUUUUUUUUCCCCCUUCUUUCUUUCCCUCUUCUGUAGUGGAAAAAAGAUUCAUGCAAUAUACCUGUGUGCAAACCAGGGUAACACAUUAGUUUGGGAGGUAUUGCAUAUUAGUAGCAUAUAGGUCAAUUCCUGAGUUUCAUGCAAGAUAUUUAGGGUUGAAUGGUAAGCUUUGAUGUGCCAUGUGAUAAUUGAUGCAGCAAUGAAGGAUGAAAGUCUUAAGAAAUAGUGAAUGGCUUAAGUUUUACUGUUCUUGGAGUGUGCUGUAUACAUUUGUGGUGCAACAAUGAACUGCACGUUUGUCACCCUGUCAUCUCACAAACGCUUAUAACUAGGUAACAGCUAACUUCCUUUUUAAAAUCCAUCUACUUACUGUUGAUUUGAGAUGUUCUACAAUUAUUUGUUGUUAAUGAGUACUAGAUAAUUUUCUCCACACCUUUAAUCCAUCUUCAGUUGAAUGUAGCCAGGUAUAGAUUUUCAUGGUUAUAACUCUAGUUUUGCUGUGAAGGGAAGUUGAAAUUCCACCAUGUGAAAUGUUCAGUUUUCUGAUGUCUAUUUAGAAACAUAGGAGGGCAUCCUAGCACUGCUUUCCAGUUGUGCACACUGAGUUUUACCUUGUUUAUCUCAAAUAUUUUGUAUUGCAUGUUAAUUAAAUUUUUACAUAUCCUAGUAGUACAAAAGAAAAAGAAAAAAAAAAAGAGCACCCCUACAGUCCUAACUAUUCUAUGCAGAUGUCUUCCAAAAUUUACAGGUACAAUUUUAGUGGUGGUGGUUGGUAAAUAGACUUUUUUUCACUAUUCAGCAGACUUGUUUUUAUAUGUAUUAGUGACAGAAUGGGCUAAGCACAGCUGUAAGUUAUUGUAUGUCUGUAGAAAAUGGAAAAUAGUGUAAAAUCAUUUUUGUUAAAAGUUGUCAGUUUUUAAAUAAAAUUUUCUUCCCCUAAAAAA